ACAAUUGUAUGACUGAUUUUAACUUCUUAAGGAUUGCACUAUUGAAGAAAUUUCAUGUUGAAAUUCUUAAAUUCCACGUGACAUUGUAGGUCCACCAAAAGUGAGUUAAGCAACUUCACAAUUGUUAAACCAUUAAAAAUACUAGAAAUAACUUGGCCAUAAAAUAGAACCUUAAAAAAGUCUUUUUUUAAGGGAAUAAAAAUCAUUCUUUGAACGAGUUACAAAAAAGAUCUUUACCAGGACAAGGUACCUUAUCAAAUGCCAAACAACCUCGUCAUGUCAUCUCUUUCACAGUAAAGCACACAAACCUUAAAAAGUAUCUUUCAAUGAUCCUUGCACCAUUUUCCACACCUAAGCCAAGGAAUGGCAUCAUUUCUUCUUUUUGACAUUUUUCUCUUUCAUGUUCAUUCAUAACAUCCUUUUAUAUUCUUUAAACGAUUCCUUUCUACAUACAUUUCCAAAUUCCUUGCUUUUCUUUUCAGCUUCAGCUUUCCCUUUUGUAUAUAACACAGUACCAACAGUUUCUAUUUCCAUCCAACUAACUUAACGUCCACUACAUUCACAUCUACAUCCAAAUCGAAACUCACCAUGUUGAAGAAAUUUGGCAGAAAGAUUGAAAGAGAAGUUACAAGACCCUUCAAACAUAGAUCACGGCCAAGACCAUCCCUGCCGCCACCACCUCCUCCACCACCACCACCUCCGCCACCUCCUCCUCCACCACCCCCACCCCCGCCGCCACUGUCACCAUCACCACCACCACCAUCACCUCCUCCCAAGCAAACAAAUACUCCUUUUCUCUUCCCUCAAACUCAUUCCACAGUUCUCCCUGACCCUUCUACUUUCUUCUCUCCAAACCUUCUCUCUUCUCCUCUCCCUACAAACUCUUUCUUCCAAAACUAUGUUCUCCAAAAUGGGGACACACCUGAGUACAUUCACCCUUACCUCAUCAAAUCCUCAAAUUGCUCUCUCUCCCUCUCAUACCCUUCUCUCACCUUCAACUCUUCUUUCAUUACACAGGUUUUCAACCCUGACAUCACCAUCUCCUCAUCAGAGACCAAAACUACCCCAGGCUCACACACAAAGCACAUCAUCUCUUCCUUCAGUGAUCUCAGUGUUACUUUGGACAUUCCCUCUUCAAACCUCAGAUUCUUCCUUGUGAGGGGAAGCCCUUUUGUGACAGCUUCAGUGACAUGUUCCACACCACUUUCCAUCACCACCAUGCAUGCCAUUCUUUCCCUCGCAUCCAAUAACUCCCUCACCAAACACACCCUGCAGCUCAACAAUGGCCAAACAUGGAUCAUGCACACUUCUUCCCCCAUCAGUUUAAACCAUGGUAUUUCUGAGAUUACUUCUGAUGAAUUUUCUGGCAUAAUUAGGAUAGCGAUGUUGCCUGAUUCUGACCCCAAGUAUGAGGCAAUCCUCAAUAGGUUCAGCUCUUGUUAUCCUGUGUCCGGGGAUGCAACAUUCACAAAGCCAUUCUGUGUGGAGUAUAAAUGGGAAAAGAAGGGGUGGGGGGAGUUGCUAAUGCUAGCUCACCCUCUUCACCUUCAGCUUUUGUGUGAUAAUGAUUGUGGUGUGACUGUGCUACAUGAUUUGAAAUAUACAAGCAUUGAUGGAGAGCUUGUUGGUGUUGUUGGAGACUCGUGGCUGUUGAACACAAAUCCGAUUUCAGUUACUUGGCAUUCCACCAGAGGUAUCAAAGAGGAAUUCCAUGAGGAGAUUGUUUCAGCGCUUUCGGAAGAUGUGGAUGCUUUGAAUCCCUUGGGAGUAACAACAACAUCAUGUUAUUUUUAUGGAAAAAUUAUAGCAAGGGCAGCAAGGUUAGCACUGAUAGCUGAAGAGGUGUCUUUUCUUGAUGUCAUGCCAGCAAUUAAGAAGUUUUUGAAGGAGGCCAUUGAGCCAUGGUUGGAUGAAACUUUUAGUGGAAAUGGUUUUCUCUAUGAUGGGAAAUGGGGAGGUAUUAUUACUAAACAAGGGUCUAAAGAUUCAGGUGCAGAUUUUGGGUUUGGUGUUUAUAAUGAUCAUCAUUACAAUUUGGGGUACUUCCUUUAUGGAAUUGCAGUGCUUGCACAGAUUGAUCCAGCUUGGGGAAGGAAGUACAAGCCUCAAGCCUAUUCACUUAUGGCAGAUUUCAUGAACUUGGGAAGAAAAUCAAACUCUAGUUACACACGUUUGAGGUGUUUUGAUCUUUAUAAACUGCACUCUUGGGCUGGAGGGUUAACUGAAUUUGCAGAUGGAAGAAAUCAGGAGAGUACUAGUGAAGCUGUGAAUGCAUAUUAUUCUGCAGCAUUGAUGGGUCUGGCAUAUGGUGACACUCAACUUAUUGCCACUGGAUCAACCCUUGCAGCAUUGGAAAUUCAUGCAGCUCAGAUGUGGUGGCAUGUGGGAGAGGGAAAGAAAACGUAUGAGGAAGAAUUUACCAAAGAGAACAAAGUGGUAAGUGUUGUUUGGUCCAACAAGAGAGAUAGUGGACUAUGGUUUGCACCUGCUCAGUGGAGAGAGUGCAGACUUGGUAUUCAUGUUUUACCAUUGUCUCCAAUUACUGAGGCCUUGUUCUCAAAUGUUAGUUAUGUGAAGGAGCUUGUGGAGUGGACAUUGCCUAAUUUGAAUAGGAAAGGUGUUGGAGAAGGGUGGAAGGGAUUUAUCUAUGCAAUGGAAGGAACUUAUGACAAAGAAAGUGCACUACAAAAGGUAAGAAGCUUGAAAGCUUUUGAUGAUGGAAACUCAAUGACUAAUCUUUUGUGGUGGAUUCACAGCAGGGGUGAUGUGGAUGAAGAAUUUGGUCAUGGAAAACAUUGCUGGUUUGGCCAUUAUUGCCAUUAAACAUUGUUAGCGUGUGAAAGUUCAUAAUUCGUAUCAUUGUAAAGAUGUAGUUAAUUAAUCUCUUUAUACAACACAAAAAUGUGUUCUAAUGAGUUAUUUAAUCAAUAUUAACAAGAAUAACCUUUACAUGA